CCUCAACACACCUUCUCAAGAACAAAAAAUUCUCUCUCUCUGAAGAUGACCAAAAUGCCAGUAGAUCCAAAGCAAGAUUAUUAUCCAAUAAAAACCCAUAAAGGAAUGUCAUUCUUUGGGUUCAUUUUCUCCAUUGUUGUCUACAUAUCUAUCUUCCAUACAUUCAAGCUUUCCCCUUCAAAUUUGUUCAAUAACACCAAGUUCUGGUUCUUCAUCUCCAACACCCUAAUCCUCAUUAUCUAUCUUGAUUACGGCGCAUUCUCAUCGUCAAAGAAUAAUAACCAAGAUCUUUAUGAAGAGUUUGUUAGGAGGACUAGCCAACCCAGAAGAAGUACUGUUGCCCCAUCUUUGGAUGUAGAAGACGUGGAAGAGAUUAAGGAGGUAAUUACUUCUGAAAAUAAUGCACAAUUAGUCCAGGAAAAAAAGAGAGAGAAUGAGAUUGAAGACAAGAAACAUAGACGUAGUAAGUCGGAGAGGAUCAAAAGGGUGAAUUUUGAUGAGAGUAAGAAUGUUAUUAUAAGAAGUUCUUCAGAGAUUGCAGAAAAGCUUGAUGAAUUACCAAGCUGGCAGAAAGAAGGAGAAGAGAACGAAUUUUCCAACAUGUCAAAUGAAGAGUUAAAUAGGAGGGUUGAAGAGUUCAUUCAAAGAUUCAAUAGACAGAUUCGGCUUCAACGAGGACAAAACUUUGGAAUUGAAUAAUAUAUAUAUAUGUAUAUAGGAGAGUUUUCAUAGAGUUUUUUUGUUUGUCUUGUCUUUUAGUUUGAUAAUUUAGUAGAGAUUGUCGACAUGAAGAGCAAGCUAGAGAGUAGUCUUUUUCAUAAAUAUUUUCCUUUUGUCGUUCAUAUAAUAUAAUGUCGGCCAUUAUUGCUAGUAUUUUAUAUAUAUAUAUAUAGAGUUUAAUAUUGGAUCAGUCGGAUCGAAUAGCUCUCAAUGUCAUUCCGAGAUUCUAAGGA